UUAGUGUCUAGCUUCACAUAGGUGAAGCAACUGAACCAACAACACCGACAUGACGCAUGGUGGUGAAAUAUGUAAAAAACAAAUACUUCAUACCGUAAAUGGUAAAAGUAAAUAACGAAACAAAGGGAGGCAUCGGAAAACAACUUCGUCUUUCCCAUACAGGCUUUUUCUAUACGAGUGGUUUUGCUCUUCAUCUGUGAAUACGGAUAGUAGGGGCAACAUUUCGCAAUCUAUUUUGCAUACAGUUGAGUGCGCGCACUAGACUGGAACCUUUUUCCUUGUUUAACAUAAUAACAUGAAUAUUACAUAAUUUAUUGAAGCUUUUUAUUUGAACUUUAUACGGCGUACAUUUCUAAGGUGUUUUGUGAAACCUUUAUUCGCGCCGACGUCUGCGCUACAUUCGAGUGAAACCAACGGGGAAUAACAUAAAACACGGAAUACAAUGACUAUGUCCGUCCCGGAGAGGAAUUCAGGGUCCGAGGGGAAGGAGGAGGAGAGUGAAGAUGAGAGUGAAAUCCUCGAAGAAAGCCCAUGCGGUCGCUGGCAAAAGCGAAAGGAGCAGAUCAGUCAAGGUAAUGUCCCCGGUGUUGAGAGUGCGUCGCUGGCCAUGGACACAGAGGAGGGAGUCGAGGUGGUGUGGAAUGAGGUGCUUUUCAAUGARAGGAAGGUCUUCAAGGCACAGGAGGAGAAGAUUAAAGAGAUGUUUGAGAACCUGAUGCAGGUUGAGCACCCAAACAUAGUCAAGUUCCAUAAGUACUGGCUGGACAUGAAAGAGAGUCGAGCUCGGGUCAUCUUUAUCACAGAGUACAUGUCCUCAGGCAGCCUCAAGCAGUUUCUCAAGAAAACCAAGAAAAACCAUAAGACCAUGAACGUCAAGGCUUGGAAGCGAUGGUGUACCCAAAUUCUCUCUGCCCUCAGUUACCUGCACUCCUGUGAACCGCCCAUUAUCCAUGGCAACCUGACCUGUGACACCAUCUUUAUCCAACACAAUGGCCUCAUCAAGAUUGGCUCAGUAUGGCACCGGCUGUUUGUGAAUGUGUUUCCGGAGGCCAGUGUUCAUGGUAAAGUCCGCCCCAACCGAGACGAACAGAGGAACCUGCACUUCUUCUCUCCUGAAUAUGGCUUGGCUGAGGAUGACUAUGCUAUUGACAUCUUCUCCUUCGGGAUCUGUGCUCUGGAGAUGGCUGUCCUGGAAAUACAGGCUAAUGGAGAUGCUGUUGUGUCCAAGGAGGCCAUCACCAACGCAGGCCAGUCUCUGGAGGAUCCCCUCAUGAGAGAGUUUACUCAGUCGUGUGUGCGUCACGAGGCCAAGCAGCGUCCCACAGCCCACGACCUGCUCUUCCACCGCGUGCUGUUUGAGGUUCACUCCCUCAAGCUACUGGCUGCCCACUGCCUCAUCAGCAACCAGUACCUGCUGCCAGAGAACUGUGUGGAGGAGAAGACCAAGUCCUUUGACCCCAACGGUCUCAUGGCAGAAAUCAAACAUGGCAACCGGCCUGGCGUUCAGCUCAAGUAUUCCCAUGUGUCUCCUUUGGAGCUGGACAAGUUCCUGGAGGACGUCAAGAAUGGGAUAUACCCCCUCAUGAACUUUGCGUUAUCGCGGCCCCACCCCGUUCCCCGUGCCCUCUCCCUGUCCCAUGAACAGGUGGAGUCGGUAAAGACCCCCACCCCUGAGCCCCAAGAGACAGAGAGCAGAAAGGUGAUUCAGAUGCACUGUAACUUGGAGUCAAAUGAAGAAGGGACCAAAACUCAUCUCUCUCUGUUUCUUAAGAUGGACGACAAGCUCCAUCGACAACUUAGCUGUGACAUCCUUCCGAAUGACAGCUCCAAAGACCUUGCCAAUGAACUUGUUCACUACGCCUUCAUAAGUGAGGAGGACUGUGGGAAGCUGGCAGGAUUCCUUGAGGACGCGCUCACCAGACACAAGGGCAAAGCGCUGGCCUCUGGGAUCACACAGUGAGAAGGGGCCGCUACGGAAGCUGGCCCACAGAGAGGGGCCUCGGGCAUUGACCUCUCAAACAGAGCAAGACAGGGGCUAGAAGGCAGGAUGACUCAGCCAGGAUCAGAGGGGCUGGCUCCAGUGAGGGUUUGAAGGAUUGAGCCUGAUGAGUGGUGAUUGGGACUGGGCCUGAUGAUUGGUGGAUCAUCCCAAAGAGGGCUAGGAUAGGCCAGGACUGAGAGAGACUGAAAGCAUCUCCGGUUGGAUAACUCAGAGGCAUCAUGGCUUGUUAAAUCCAUUUGAAUUCAAUCACUUUUUGACAACACCCCUUUUGAUUUGAACAAAAUCUGCCAUACAUAUUUUCCCAUUGUAGAAGGCUCCGAAAGUGACAUUCAAGUGAUAAAGGUGCUCAAAGUUGACUGAUUUUGCAAACUCCACCAUACCAUGAGACUUCCAUAUCUUCAUCACUGGAAAAUAUAAUCAGUUGAGAUUGAUAUCAUUUAAAUGCAUACAAACAGGGUUGUCAAAUAUUUUAUKAUUUCUGGCAAUAAUAUAAAAACUUUAUACAAAUGUCCUUUUUUUUUAACCUUUUAACGAACGUCAAUUAUCUUUUCGCAUAUGUUGUAACUUAGACCCUAUUUGACAUCAUCUAAGGUUUUGUGUUAUGCCCGCCAUCGGUUGAGAAACAACAUGCUCUUGAAUAAAUCAAAAUCAUAUACACAUAUUUAGCAGAUGUUAUUGCGGG